GGAGCUUCGUGCCUGUGGUAUAUCCCUAUAUGAUGAAACUAGUGUUGCUGAAGCCCUCUUGCUUAUUGGUGGUAGUUCGUUGCCUUCGCCAACUUCACAGACGUAUCAUAAAUGGCGGACGCCGAUCCCAAUGAAGCUGUUACCAGGACAGUAGGCAGAUCUUUAAAGGAUUUAUCGUCAUGUUUUAUAAGUCGCAUGAGAGAGGAUGAAAGUAAGUUUACAGAAGUAAGGAAACGGCUCACUGGUCGAAAGACGUUUCAUGAACUGUUUGCCAGCAUAUGGGAUUUAAAAGAAGCCCAUGAAAUGCUAACUCCAGUGCUUGAAAAGAAGGAAAAGUCCGAGGCUUUAGCAACUGAAGAAGGCAGAGAGGGGAACAAAUUUUACCAGGAAAAAAAUUAUGCAAAGGCCUUGGAAAAAUUUAAUUCAAGUAUCGUGGCUGCUCCACAUCCCACAGUUAAGCGACCGGAAAUGUCUACCACUGAUGAAGUAGACAAUCUUGGAGAAUCUCCUUCAAUUAAUCCUGAAUGGUUUACCGGAAAUGAUGAUGAAGGAGCAGAUGGAGCUUUAGCAAUAGCAUAUGGUAAUCGAUCAGCACUUAUGAUGAAACUUGGACUUUAUGAGUUCUGCCUAAAUGACAUUGAGUUAGCUCUGAGGCACAGUUACCCGGAAGACUUGAAACAUAAGCUAUUAGAUAGAAAAGAAAGGUGUCUUGCUGCCAAAAGAAAACAAGAUCUCGAAAGGCAAGAGUCUACUUCACGUGCAAGAAAUGAUGCAGAUGGUUCAAGAAAGAGAGGCAGAAGAAGCUGCGGUGAAAUGGCGGUAGAUUUUCUCAAAAGGCUGGUAGACAACUUGACUCUAGAGGAUGAUCCACUAGGAACUAAUGGACAGUUGACACUUAGAAAACCACCUGUGAUUAAAAAGAAAAAUUCAUCAUACCCUUGUUUCAGUGAGUCAGUCAAGGUAUCUUACCACUCGUCAAAAGGAAGAUACACACUUGCGGUAAAGGACAUUUCACCAGGUGAAGUAGUUGCCGUGGAGAGGGCAUUUUGUGUGGGCUUUAUUGAAGAAAACAAUACUCUGCUGUGUGGACAUUGUCUGAGGUUCACCUUAAAUCCUGUUCCUUGCCCUGGAUGUACAAUGGUUAUUUUCUGCAACGAUGACUGCCGUAUCAAAGGCCUGUCUGAAGACCACUGGUUAGAAUGCAAGUUGCUUCCAUCGAUGAAGAGUUUGAAGUUUGGUCCAGUGUGCUCAGUUUACAAGAUGCUUAGAAAUUUCACACUUAAAGAUAUUAGGGAUUUCAGAAAAAAACUGAAAAGGGAGAAACCAGAGGACCCUGUUAACUUAGGCUGCGACAAUAAAGGGAUGUAUAACUCUCAGUCAUAUCGAGCUGUUUAUGGCCUUAUGGGUGAUGAGGAGACUUUGAACGAUCAACAAAUUCUCAUAAAUUGUCAAAUAGCAUUUAUUUUUACAAAAUUACUUCAUAUGUCAGAAAGAUUUUUCGUGAACUCCAGAAGAGAACCCUUCACUCCAACCAGAGAGGACUUCAUUGCUGCAGGAUCAGUGGUACUGUCUCAUAUCUUCAAGUGCCAUUUCAAUCUCAUCGGAGUCACGGAUUGCAGAAUGGAGAAGGAUGUUGGUGCCGGAAUUUUCCCCACAUUAGCUUUAAUCAACCACUCCUGUGAUGCGAAUCUUAAGUUCUACACAUUUGGAAGGACGAUGGUCGUGAGAGCAAUUAGGCCUAUUCAAGCUGGAGAAGAACUAACUGUCGCUUACGGAACUUGUUUUGAGAACAGCAACUUACUAGAGAGAAGGAGAAUGUUAGUGAAGUACCAGUUCACUUGUUCUUGCGAAGCGUGCGUUAACGACUGGCCUACCUACGAUAGACAAGACCAGAUGAAACUCAGGGAGACUAGACUGGCACCUCGAGUCCGUAGAGGUAUCAGCGAAGCUGUGCUGAAGGCUUCAGCUAUGGCAGUACAGAUCAGACGACUAGCCGAAAGCGAUUAUGAACUUAACGAACAGGAUUACAAAGAAAUGUGCAAAGCUAGUACAUUGGUUCACAGAGAGCUAAUGAGAGAUUGCCAAUGCGUACAUGACGUAAGAAAUUCACUGUUACUGUGUUUCAUUAAUGUAAGUAUCCCCGAAUAGUCGCUUAAAAUGCACUGACAAGAUAGAUUGAAUGUAAUCGUAUCUCCGGGCAAAUACAAAAUAUAAGUUCCGUUAAUGGAAUUAGACUCACCUGCGCUAAUGCUGUAGUUUGAUUAACGCUAACAGUAACUUGAAAAAUCUUAUCAGUGUUUCAUUUUGGUACAGGCAAAAUAGUUUUUUACAAUGUUUUGAUUUUAACAAAAAGCCACAUACGAUAUUUGAAAACAUAGCAGUUUCCUUAAAUUAUGCAGUGGCAUACUGUAAAAAAGCGGAAAUCCCGAAAGAAUUUACAAAAAAUUCUAAUUUUAGGUGGAUAGGUUCACCUACAGGUUCGAAUUUUAGAUUUUUUAAUAGGUGCAAAGAAUUUUCAUUUUAAAGUCGGUCUUGUCACUAAGAAAUCUGUAGUUUCUUCUGUUAAUUCUUAAAAAAAUUUAGCAUGCCGUAUUUUAAAUUCAAUUUACCCGUUCACAGAGGAACAUUAGCUGGAGACUCAUUGUAUAGUAUAAAGGCCGGAAAUUCAAAACUUCAAAACAUAGCGUUGUAGUCGUAA